ACAGGGCAGAUGAUGAUCGUGGCAGGGGACUACUCGCUGAGUACGUUUGAGGGAACAGAGCAGUACUCCAAACCUCACAGACUCAUCCCCCAUUCACUGUACAAGAAGACCACCAACAACACAUGCUUAUUAAGGUAAAGGAUACAGCCUUUACCUACCUUUCAUAUUCAUGUUUAUAUACAUAAUUGGAUACAGCAGUAUUAUGACAUUGGGCCAUGUGAUAAUAAUAACUAGACCUUGUAUCAGAGUAACUACCUUUGUAGUAAAUGUGUAAUUACCUUGUAAUAACUUAGUAAGUACAUGCAUGUCAAUUCAGUUAAAUUCAAGUCAACUCAACAAAACUUAACUCAAUUAAUUCAACUCCACCCUCUAUCCCACUCUAUCUCGUUUCUUCUUCCCUGUGCAGCUGAGGGUUCCCAUGGCAAUGGGUAGCUACUUGUCCCUGACCCCUUUCCCUCGACAGGGUACGGGGUGAUGGCAGGGCAGGUGUCGGGGUGGGGGUAACCCUCUCUCGGAGGUCACCCCUACUCUGCGUACGGUCAAACUGCCCAUGGUGUCGUCGGCCAGGUGCAACAGCAGCAAGUCGCUCAACGGGAAAAUCACCUCCAACAUGAUCUGUGCCGGCUACAAUGCUGGGGGGAAGGACGCAUGCAAGGUACAGUGGCUUGCAAAGGUAUUCACCCCCCUUGGCAUUUUUCCUAUUUUGAUUUUUGGGGGGGUUGUAUCAUUUGAUUUACACAACAUGCCUACCACUUUGAAGAUGCAAAAUAUUUUUUCUUGUGAAACAAACAAGCAAUAAGACAUAAAAAGAGAACUUGAGCGUGCAUAACUAUACUUUGUAGAGCCACCUUUUGCAGCAAUUACAGCUGCAAGUCUCUUGGGGUAUGUCUCUAUAAGCUUGGCACAUCUAGCCACUGGGAUUGUUGCCCAUUAUUCAAGGCAAAACUGCUCCAGCUCCUUCAAGUUGGAUGGGUUCCGCUGGUGUACAGCAAUCUUUAAGUCAUACCACAGAUUCUCAAUUGGAUUGAGAUCUGGGCUUUGACUAGGCCAUUCCAAGACAUUUAAAUGUUUCCCCUUAAACCACUCAAGUGUUGCUUUAGCAGUAUGCUUAGCGUCAUUGUCCUGCUGGAAGGUGAACCUCCGUCACAGUCUCAAAUCUCUGGAAGACUGAAACAGGUUUCCCUCAAGAAUUUAUCAGUAUUUAGCGCCAUCCAUCAUUCCUUCAAUUCUGACCAGUUUCCCAGUCCCUGCCGAUGAAAAACAUCAUGGUGUUCUCGGGGUGAUGAGAGGUGUUGGGUUUGCGCCAGACAUAGUGUUUUCCUUGAUGGCCAAAAAGCUCAGAGUACCUUCUUCCAUAUGUUUGGGGAGUCUCCCACAUGACUUUUGGAGAACACCAAACGUGUUUGCUUAUUUUCUUCUUUAAGCAAUGGCUUUUUUCUGGCCACUCUUCCGUAAAGCCCAGCUCUGUGGAGUGUACGGCUUAAAGUGGUCCUAUGGACAGAUACUGUGGAGCUUUGCAUCUCCUUCAGGGUUAUCUUUGGUCUCUUUGUUGCCUCUCUGAUUAAUGCCCCCCUUGCCUGGUCCGUGAGUUUUGGUGGGCGGCCCUCUCUUGGCAGGUUUGUUGUGGUGCCAUAACAGGUGUAUAUAAACUGAGAUCAUGUGACAGAUCUUGUGACACUUAGAUUGCACACGGGUGGACUUUAUUGAACUAAUUAUGUGACGUCUGAAGGUAAUUGGUUGCACCAGAUCUUAUUUAGGGGCUUCAUAGAAAAGGGGUGAGUACAUAUGCACGCAGCACCUUUCCGUUAUUUUUUUUAUUUUUUGAAACAAGUAAUUUUUUCCAUUUCACUUCACCAAUUUGGACUAUUUUGUGUAUGUCCAUUCCAUGGAAUCCAAAUAAAAAUCCAUUUAAAUUACAGGUUGUAAUGCAACAAAAUAGGAAAAACGUCAAGGGAGAUGAAUAGUUUUGCAAGGCACUGUACUGGACCUGAUAGAGCUGACACCAUUUUUUAUGAGAGAGAACUACAGUAAGUUAUUGAACUGGUAGGGGUGCAUGGAAGGGGCUAGUAGGGAUCGAAAUGGAACUUGGCCUAUGUAUUAGGGGCCUCUGCUGGUGCCUCAUCCCUUUACCUUGUGGUUUUCAAACCUCUCCUCAGAUGUUUCACAAUUUUGUUGUAGCCCUGAACUACACUGAACAAAACUAUAAACGCAACAUGUAAAGUGUUGGUCCCAUGUUUCAUGAGCUGGAGAGAGGAGUGUUUCUGCUGUAAUAAAGCCCUUUUGUGGGGGAAACUCAUUCUGAUUGUCUGGGCCUUGCUCCCCUGCCAAGUCAUGUGAAAUCCAUAGUUUAGGGCCUAAUGAAUGUCAUUAAAUUGAUUGAUUUCCUUAUAUGAACUGUAACUCAGUAAACCUUUUACAUUUUUGCAUGUUGCGUUUAUAUUUUUGUUCAGUAUAUCUCACCUAGUCAAGGGCUUGAUAAAUAGUUGAUAAGUUGAAUCAGGUAUGCUAGCUCUAGAGUAGUUCAAAUAUACUGAACAAAAAUAUAAAUGCAACAUGCAACAAUUUCAAAGAUUUUACUGAGUUACUGUUCAUAUCAAGAAAUCAACCAAUUGAAAUAAAUGAAUUAGGCCCUAAUCUAUGGAUUUCACAUUACUGGGAGAACAGAUAUGCAUCAGUUGGUCACAGAAACCUUUUUUAAAAAGGUAAGGGCGUGGAUCAGAAAACCAGUCAGUAUCUGGUAUGACCACCAUUUGCCUCAUGCAGCGCGACACAUCUCCUUCGCAUAGAGUUGAUCAGGCUGUUGAUUGUGGCCUGUGGAAUGUUGUCCCACUCCUCUUCAAUGGCUGUGCGAAGUUGCUGGAAAUUGGCGGGAACUGGAACACGCUGUCAUAUGCGUCGAUCCAGAGCAUCCCAAACAUGCUCAAUGGGUGACAUGUCUGGUGAGUAUGCGGACCAUUGGAGAACUGGGACAUUUUCAGCUUCGAAGAAUUGUGUACAGAUCCUUGCGACAUGGGGCCGUGCUUUAUCAUGCUGAAACAUGAGGUGAUGGCGGAGGAUGAAUGGCACAACAAUGGGCCUCAGGAUCUCAUCACGGUAUCUCUGUGCAUUCAAUUUGCCAUAGAUAAAAUGCAAUUGUGUUCAUUGCCUGUCCAUACAAUAACCCCACCGCCACCAUGGGGCACUCUGUUCACAACGUUGACAUCAACAAACCGCUCGCCCACACGACACCAUGCACAUGGUCUGCGAUUGUGAGGACGGUUGGACAUACUGCCAAAUUCUCUAAAACAACGUUAGAGAAAUGUAAAAUUCAAUUCUCUGCCAACAGCUCUGGUGGACAUUCCUACAGUCAGCAUGCCAAUUGCACGCUCCCUCAAAACUUAAGACAUCUAUGGCAUUGUGUUGUGUGACAAAACUGCACAUUUUAGAGUGCCCUUUUAUUGUCCACAGGUGCACCUGUGUAAUGAUCAUGCUGUUCAAUCAGCUUCUUGGUAUGUCACACCUGUCAGGUGGAUAGAUAAUCUUGGUCCCCGAUGAGAGGUUUGAAAACCCCUGCCUUAUCCAACUUGAUGAAACCAAACAAUUACUUUUGAAUGUAAAAUGUCAUAUUUUCUCCAAAUUAUUACAGUGUAUACAAUAGUCUACCUUGAGGUGGCCCCAAAGAUGGAGACAUGUUUUCAUGGAAACUGAGUGAGGGUGUGGUGUACCUUGUGGUAGGUUCUAGGGGCAUUCCGGCGGCCCGCUGGUGUGUGAGGGGCGUGUCUAUGGCGUGGUAUCCUGGGGUAAUGGCUGCAGAGACACUAAGUUUCCAGGCGUUUACAUGGCAGUGUCAAUGA